UGAAGCGGAUAUGAGUGAAAAUGACAGAAAGGAGCUCUCUGAAAAACUAAAUCAAAUGUCGGAGGACUAUAAAAAAGCAUUACCGAAGCUCACUGAACGACUAAAGCAACUGUAUGAACAGAAUAUCCCAGAACAACUGUUCAAGUUUUCUGAACAAGUUAAGCAAAUGACCUUGACAGAUGAAACGGAGACAUCUCAACAAGAAACUGUUGCUGAUGUCACACAAAAAGAGACACCGAGAUCAGAGAUCAGAGAAGGUGAAAGGGAACAGUUCAUUGUUGUUGAAGAGACUGCCAUAAGUAAAGCGUUUGGUGCUGAUAAUAUAUUGAGAGACAGACAGGGCAGGAAGAGCAUUGCAAUCAGAGCUGAAGAUGAUGAAGUUCAGAGUCAGACACAUGGAUUAGAUGGAAACUCUCCUGGAAAUGAACUAAAAGAGCUAAAGGAUUUGACAGAGGAUGUGAAGAUCUCUGAACAAGAAACACGUGCUGAUGUCACACAAGAAGAGACACAGAGAUCAGAGAUCAGAGAAGGUGAAAGUGAACGGUUCAUUUAUGUUCAAGAGACUGCCAUAAGUAAAGCGUUUGGUGCUGAUAAGAGAUUGCGAGACAGACAGGGCAAAAAGAGCCUUGUAAUCCGUAAAACCAAUACUGAAGAUGCUGGAGUUCAAACGCAUGGAUCAGAUGUAAAAGCUCCUGGAAAUGAACUGAAAGAGCUGAAAUAAGAAUCAACAGGAAAAGACGUGAAUGAAGAAACACCUUUUAUGAGCCAAAAGGAAGAGGAUGGAUCAAAUGAGUAGAU